GCAUCUUCAGUGGCUCAGUGCUAUAAAACUAACCAACGCGUAGAUUGAAUAUUUUGGAGUGAGAUUUACGUUUGAAGGUUUUGAAAAAGACGAAGACGAUGGAGGAACAACCAACCGCGACGGAGAUAGAAGAAAUUCGAACUUCAGCUGUCACGACGAUGCCGCCUCCUUCUCUGACGACGGGGUCACCUCACCAGGCUUUAGUGGAGAGACUCAAGGAUUACGGACAGGAAGAUGUUUUCGCUCUCUGGGAUGAACUUUCACCGGAAGAGCGAGAUCUCCUCCUCAGAGACAUCGAGAAUUUGGAUCUUCCAAGAAUAGAUCGGAUCACCAGAUGCUCACUUCACUCUCAAGGGUUGCCAGUGGCAGCAAUAGAACCGGUGCCGGAGAAGUGUGUGUCAACGGUUGAAGAAAGAACAAAGGAAGACAGAGAAAAAUGGUGGAGAAUGGGAUUGAAAGCUAUCUACGAAGGCAAAUUGGGUGUGGUGCUUUUAUCUGGUGGACAGGGGACAAGACUGGGAAGUUCAGAUCCGAAAGGGUGUUAUAAUAUCGGACUGCCAUCUGGGAAGUCACUUUUUCAGAUUCAAGCUGAGAGGAUACUGUGUGUCCAAAGACUUGCUGCUCAGGCAAUGAGUGAGGCAGGUUCAACUCGCCCAGUUACAAUACAGUGGUAUAUAAUGACCAGCCCAUUUACUCAUGAACCAACACAGAAAUUCUUCGACAGUCACAAGUAUUUUGGCCUUGAGCCAGAUCAAGUCACCUUUUUCCAACAAGGAACCUUGCCUUGCAUUUCGAAGGAUGGCAAGUUUAUCAUGGAGACACCUUUCAGUCUAGCCAAGGCCCCGGAUGGGAACGGGGGAGUUUAUGCAGCUCUCAAAUCGUCAAGGUUGUUAGAAGAUAUGGCUUCGAGGGGGAUUAAGUAUGUGGAUUGCUAUGGUGUUGACAAUGUUCUGGUUCGAGUAGCUGACCCUACUUUUCUGGGAUACUUCAUAGACAAAGGUGCAGCUUCUGCUGCAAAAGUAGUGCGCAAGGCAUAUCCACAGGAAAAGGUUGGAGUAUUUGUAAGGAGGGGAAAAGGUGGGCCUCUGACUGUAGUAGAGUACACAGAGCUUGACCAAUCUAUGGCUUCUGCAACUAAUCGACAAACAGGACGUCUUCAAUAUUGCUGGAGUAAUGUGUGCUUACACAUGUUCACUUUGGAUUUCCUUAAUCAAGUUGCGAAUGGGCUGGAAAAAGACAGCGUUUACCAUUUGGCGGAGAAGAAGAUUCCGUCUAUAAAUGGCUUCACAGAGGGACUGAAACUAGAACAGUUCAUAUUCGAUUGCUUUCCGUAUGCUCCUUCUACUGCACUUUUCGAGGUAUUACGGGAGGAAGAGUUUGCUCCAGUGAAGAACGCGAAUGGGUCGAAUUUUGACACACCGGAAAGUGCGAAACUCUUGGUUUUACGGCUGCACACACGUUGGGUCAUAGCAGCUGGUGGAUUUCUAACACAUUCUGUUCCUUUAUAUGCAACUGGUGUGGAAGUGUCACCAUUGUGCUCGUACGCGGGAGAAAAUCUAGAAGCGAUUUGUCGGGGAAGAACGUUUCACGCACCAUGUGAGAUCUCCCUCUAAUCUUCUUCUUGCUUUCUCUUAUUUAUUCUUGUAAUUUGGCCAUCUUCUAUAUUUUUCUUUUGGCUUGUUUCUCCUUUUUUUUUAUUGGUGUUUUGGGUCUCUAUAUAUGAACUGUAAUUGGCGAAGGUGGUCAUUAGUAGUCUCUCUAAAGUGUCACUCGUCAUUAUUGUAACAAUGGUCUCUUUAAAGUGUCACUCGUCAUUAUUGUUUCAUUAUUUACCAGACAUCUUGUUGUUAAAAA